AUGGAAGGGGCUUUGAUGUUGCUGUGUUCUUAUCGGAACAUUAACGUAGCCUACAAUCUCCGGGAUCAUGGCACGUUUGCCGAAUUAGUUGAUUUUCUGUGUUCCAAGUUCAGCGAGAUAGGUCCCUAUAACGUGGGAUUGUCGUACAAGAUUCUAGGUUUAAACAGUUUUACUUUACAAGAUGAUGUGGAUUUGGAAAACCUUGUUAGUCUUGCCCGAUCGUUCGGAUUGGAACACGUUUGUGUGUUGGUUGAUCAACAUCGAAGGUUGGAUAGCGUAAGUGCGUACAGCGAACAACAUAAUAUGCAACCCAACCCGGUGUCCGGAAUAAUCAUUAAUGACCAAGGAGAAAGUGAUGAUGAGGUUGAUUUGUUGCCUGAUUUCUGCCCGCACAAGAAUAAAGUAUUACUGACUGAAUCAUGGAUGCGGGGGUUAACCCAUGUAGGGCAAUGCUUUGAGGGGGGUGCACACGAAUUUCGUACGGUUUUGUACAAGUAUGCCGUAGAGUUUGGGUUCAAUUUCAAGUAUGUUAAGAACGAUUCCGUAUGGGUAACAGCAGUGUGCUCCAUGGUAGAGGAUAAGGGAUACACGUGGUCUGUACAUGCUCGGGUGUUAAAAGCGAAUCAAUUUUUCUACCUUCGCAAAUGGAACAGUGUGCAUAGUUGCGGUGUAUCCGUCCGGACAUCAAAUCAUCCAAGGGUUGGAUCUGAUAUGGUUGUUGAUAUUAUGGCUGCUCGUGUUUGGGAUAGACCACUCACACGUCCAACUGAUGUCAUAUUAGAUUUGAAAGAUGAUUAUGGGUUGGACGUCAACUACUGGGUUGCGUGGUUAGGGGUUGAGAAGGCAAGGAGGACAUUGUUUGGCGCCCAUUCCGUAUCACUCGACCAAUUGCGUUGGUAUCGUGAAGCUGACAUGCAAUACAAUCCUGGGAGUUAUGUUGACAUCGAUUACGAUGAACACAACUACCGGUUCCAACGUUUUUUUAUUUCAUUCAAAGCAUGCAUUGAUGGGUUUCGUCAUUGUCGUCCAUUACUUUUCCUGGACGGAACCUUCUUGAAAAGCAGGUUCAAAGGGUUUUUGCUAGCUGCCACCGCGAAGGACGGUAAUCAAGGGUUGUUCCCGCUUGCUUAUGCCAUUUUGGACUAUGAAAAUAACACGAAUUGGGGUUGGUUCUUACAACAUCUUGCCAACGUGGUACCCAGUGGUAGGACACUCACGUUUGUGUCUGACCGAAACGUGGGACUUAUGGAAGCAAUGCCUACAUUUUUCCCCAUAUCUCACCAUGCAUUCUGCCUCCAACAUUUACAGAGAAAUCUGCGGGACAAACUACGAUUCGUGAACAGCAUGCAUCGGAUUGGGCUUGUCAGCAAAUUACGUAAGUGUGCAUACGCACCAACCAUAACAACAUUUAAUCAAAAGGCCGACGAAUUUCAACAAUCUGGAAAAGUCAUUGCUACGAAAUUCCUUGCAGAUGCACAUCGACAGCACUGGGCGAAUGCAUUUUUCAGGAAUGGAUAUUUCCGUUACGCAACAUAA